AGAAGGAGUCUGAUCCGGAUCACACAGCUGAGACUCAGGGCCUGGAAAACUACAGUGAACAUGGCUUUGACAAAGAUCAUCUAACGAGACUGGAAUUAAUAUUUAUUUAUUUUUUACUUUUGAUGAGAAAACAACACUUUUUGACUGUACUUUAAAAGUUGGAUGAAGUUGUUGAUUAUUAUUUUUAUUAUUUAUCUACUCUGACCUCGCUUUUUACGCACAAUGGAUUUUACUUUCAGCAGAAGAACAGGAGUUUUACUUAUUAUUUGGAUAGUUUUUAGUGUCCUACCCUGCUGUAAUGGAGAAGUCCCCUCUAAACCAACCAGCGGUGUCACCAUUGUGCCUCCGAUUAAACCGGAUAAUGGGCCCCAGGCCUAUCCAGACGCGGAAAAGGCCAAUUUACCAGUGUUUACAAUGGACUACCCCAGAAUACAGAUACCAUUUGAGGUCACUCUUUGGGUUCUACUGGCUUCAUUCGCAAAGAUUGGUUUUCAUGUGUACCACAAGAUCACAGUAUGGGUGCCAGAGUCAUGCCUCCUGAUCAGCAUUGGUCUGAUAGUGGGUGCCAUCAUGCAUUCUGUCAAUGAGGAGCCCCCUGCUGUGCUCACCAGCAAUGUCUUCUUCCUCUACAUGCUUCCUCCAAUUGUCCUCGACUCGGGCUACUUCAUGCCCACUAGACCCUUUUUUGAGAACAUCGGUACGGUGCUGUGGUUUGCAGUGGUGGGGACUCUAUGGAACAGCAUCGGCAUUGGCAUGUCUCUCUUCGCCAUCUGCCAGAUUGAGGCAUUUGGUGUGCAGGACAUUAACCUCCAGGAGAACCUGCUGUUUGCCUCCAUCAUCUCGGCCGUGGACCCUGUGGCCGUGCUAAAUGUGUUUGAGGAUGUGAGCGUCAAUGAGCAGCUCUACAUCGUAGUGUUUGGAGAAUGUCUUUUCAAUGAUGCCGUCACUGUGGUCUUGUACAACAUGUUUAACUUUGUGGCAGAGAUGCCGGUGGUGGAGCCGGUGGAUGUGUUCCUGGGAGUGGCUCGGUUCUUUGUGGUGGGGCUUGGGGGGAUGGGUUUUGGGAUCCUGUUUGGCUUCGUAGCUGCCUUCACUACAAGAUUCACCUCCAAAGUCCGAGAAAUCGAGCCUCUAUUCAUAUUCAUGUACAGCUACCUGGCUUAUCUGGUGGCUGAACUGUUCGCCAUCUCCUCCAUCAUGGCCAUUGUGACCUGUGCCCUCACCAUGAAGUACUAUGUGGAGGAAAAUGUCUCCCAGCGUUCCUGCACCACCAUCCGCCAUGUGGUCAAGAUGCUGGGAUCCAUCUCUGAGACGCUCAUCUUCUUCUUCCUGGGUGUUGUUACCAUAACGACAGAACAUGAGUGGAACUGGGGCUACAUCCUGUUCACCCUCCUGUUUGCCUUUGUGUGGAGGGGUCUGGGUGUGUUGGUCCUGACACAGAUCAUCAACCCUUUCCGUACCAUCCCAUUUAACUUAAAAGAUCAGUUUGGUCUGGCUUACGGUGGUCUCCGAGGUGCAAUUUCCUUCGCCUUGGCCUUCACUCUUCCCGAUAACAUCGGCCGCAGACAACUCUUCAUCACUGCCACCAUCGCAAUCAUCCUCUUCACUGUCUUUCUUCAGGGAAUCAGCAUCCGACCUCUGAUUGAGUUGAUAAAUGUCCGGAGAACGAACCGUAACCUCGACACCAUCAAUGCAGAGAUUCACUGCAGGCUCAUGGAACACACCAUAGCAGGCAUAGAGGACCUCUGUGGACAGUGGAGCCACUUCUACUGGAAAGACAAGUUUAUGAAGUUCAACAAUCGAAUCCUGCGCAGAAUCCUGAUCCGUGACAGCCGAGCCGAGUCGAGCAUCGUGGCGUUGUAUAAGAAGCUUGAACUGCAGAACGCCAUGGAGAUCCUGGACACGGUGUCUGGAGACAUCAGUGCCGCUCCGUCCAUCGUCUCUCUGUAUGAAGAGAAGAAGAACGCUGGCAAACCCAAGAAGAUGUUUUUGGCUGCUGACCUGAGGAACAUGCAUGACAUCCUGUCCAAGAACAUGUACAAGAUCAGGCAACGGACGGUGGCAUUUACAGGAAAACACGCCCUGCCCAAUGACACCCAGACUAAAGAGAUCCUAAUCAGACGCCACGCUAGCAUCCGCCGCAGCCUCCGACCCGGAAGCUUCCAGACGACGAAAGUGCCUAAAUCUCAUAAGUAUUUCUCUCUUCCUGCUGGACAAAGUCUGGACUCAAAGUUUCCUCCUGGAAGGCAGAGCUUUACAGGUGAUCAGGAGACCAUGUCUGAGGUGGCCUACCCCACCAGACGCUCUCGGUUCAGCCAGCCGACGCGCUCCUCCUCCAGGGCCAUGAUGCCUCUACGGAGACUGGACACACUAAAAGAGGCCUCAUCCAUUGACAUUUUAGAUGAAAUUAAGGAUGACGGUGCUAAGGUUGGACGGAGCGUGCCCAGAACAAACUCCUCCUCGAGCGAUUCCAGACUGCCGGCUCGUCGUCACUUCCACUCCUCUUCAGAUAAUGACAACGGCUCCUCCGAUAACUUCAGGAACGUUCAUCAUGAAGCAGAGGGCGAGGAGCAGCCGCCUUCUCCUCCACCUCCAGCCUGGGCCGUUGAGCCCAGAGACAACACAGUAAGAAACCCUCUGCUCAGACGGCCUCAGUGGAACCCCAAGAAGAUGUAACGUGUGUCUGAGCUUCUCCUGAAAACUCACAAAGCCUCCAGAUGAACUGUUACACUUACUGCCUGAAAGGCCAUGCAAAGGAACACUGGAGGUUCUUUUUUUUUUUUUUUUUUUUUUUUUACAGAUGAAUGAACUUUGCCACAGUGUGAAUGGACAGUGAAUGGCAUUAUAGUAAAGAAACUGUAAAUAACCUGUCAGCGAGUCUGCAGAGAUGAUUUUUUUCUUCAUAUUUCUGUCCCUUUUAUUUAGGUGUUUUAAUACCUUUAGUGCCUGUAGCAGUUGUUUUUUUAUUUUUACAUCAUUUCAAAUUAAUUUAAAAUGUGUUUCUUCUGUCUUUACCUGUCACUUUUUCGUAUUUUUUUGUUUUUAUCAUCUAUUGUGUUACAGUUGUAUGACUAACCUUUGAAGCAUUUCUAUAUGUUUUAAAUUUAACAUGAGUAGCUGUUGCUGUGCAGUACUGAGUACUCAUGAGGUCUUAUGUAUGUUUAUUACAUGAAUCGACCUCACAAAACUGGGACACUUUUUUUAUUGUCUUUUCUGUAAUAAAUUUUCUAUCUUA